CCAAGAAUGCAGCAUGUAAAGCCGACCAAUACACGCUGACAUCUUUAUUAAAACAUCUAUUUGGAAAUCUCCUCGUCAGCCAUUUUUAUUCAUUGUUGUUUAUUGGGAAAACCAUAAGAUAUUCCAAACAUGGCAUAUGCUCAUCUAACGUCGAAUGAACAAAAUUUUAUUUAUUAUGGUUUGGCAACAGUAGAAGAAAUUCCAAGAGUUUUGAGAAUUCUUUUGGAAAGUCAAAUUCCACCACGUAAAUUAUCCUCAGCGGUGCAAAAAUGUUCCACAAUAAACCUUCGUCAAGAGCAGCUCAAUAUAGUAUGUCCAAAAUCAGGAAAGAAUCCAAACUAUGACGUGUUUGAUGUUACCUUACUUUACACCCUCCUUCGAAAUUUAUGUCCAGUAUUAAGACCAUCCCAAAAGUGGGGAGAAACACCUUCUUCCACGAAUUUAACUGUAGGAGAUGACAUUGAAAGACUAAGAAUCAUUCGAAAUGGCUCAAUUGCGCAUUCAAGUCAGUCUUCUAUACCAGAUUUAGAAUUCAAAAAUCUAUGGACAGAACUAGAAAACAUUUGCAAAAGAAUGGAAAUCCAUACGAAAAACAUCCCUUGCCAUACAAUUUAUAAAAGUGGAUUAUCAAAUGUUUUAAAAAAAGAUCUGGGUUCUAAAUCAUUGGAAGACUAUCAGUCAUUGAUAGCAUCGAAUUGUCACAAUGUUGCUGAAAAAAUUGAGGAGCUUUCCAAUCAAAUGCAAACUCUCGUUUCUCUACAUAAAAAAGAGGUAUUCAAAAAUCCUAAAAUAAAUGGACCCAAUACCAUCCAAUGUGGAAGUAAAGCAGAAAUAUACCUUGAAUUCGAUUCUGGACCUUCGGAGUGCUCAGUAGACCUCAAAUGUGUUCGCUGGAUGAAAAGGAAAAAACAGGAAUGUAAAGAAAUCGAUAUAACAGAUGAAGCUUACAGAGGUAGUUCAAGUCAUAAACUAGUCAUUUGUGAAGUUUCUCCUGAUGACGAAGGUGAAUAUCAAGCUAUCGUCGGUACUGACUUGAGGAGUGUUUGUAUUCAUACCAACAAAAUCAUUCUGGAAGUUACAGGAAGCAAACCCAGUGUUCAAAUAUCAUGCCCUCGAUCGACACAUUUUGGAAAUUCUGCGGAAAUAUUUGCACGUAUUCAAUCUGAUCUCCCAGUACUCCAUUUGAAAUGGCAAACUGUCCUUGGAGAAAAAGUUAGUGACAUCAAUGUAGACCUCCCGAAGUUUCAAGGCAGUGUACUGAAAUUCCCUGAGUCAAAGCUUGUCAUCAACAAUGCCGCAUUUGAAGACGGGCACCAAUAUCAGUUCUUUGUUUCAAACGCUAUGGGAGAAAGCAUAAGUCAACCUUUGCUUUUGCACAUCAGUGGUUCUCCUCCUUUAAUAUCAAUUGGUUACAAAGCAAAUUUACAGAAGAGGUCAAUAAAGCUGCUUUGUGAAAUCUCCUUGAGCGAAGAUUCUCCUCCGUUGACCGACGUUCACUGGAUAAAAAAUACAAAGCGAAUUACGCUAGACGGCAACAAAUACAUCAGUGGUAGUAUGGCAGACCCAUCCUUACUGAUACUGAAUGUGGACGACUCUGAUGCUGGAAACUACCAGUGUGUCGCAACAAAUAUAGUUGGUACAUCCGAGACUCAAGUUAUCAGUCUAGAGCCUCCUGAAAUACGCUAUGUGAGCACAUCCCAAAACAAAGAGAAAGACGUCUAUUCAGUUGCAAUAAGAUCCAUUCUGCCUGUUACAGUCGUUCAAUGGUUUGAGGAACAGACAGAGGGCGAAAACACGCAAUACCAUCACGUAAAUAUUGACGAUGACGUGUACAUCGGAAGUUCCAGUUCAUCUUCAUUCCCAAAGUUAGUUAUAAAUAAAAUUCACAAAGGCAAGACUUCUAGGGAGAUAUCCUACAAAAUUAUAGCGGAGAAUUUUAUAGGGCGGACGGAGUAUGUAAUGAAAGAAGAUAAGGACAGAAAGAAUGAACAGUCUUCUUUAGAGACUAAUAGUGGAGAGAGAUUGCAUAAAUUGUACCAGAAUGGCCCUACUCAAGUUCGAUUUCUUCUCUUAAGUGACAGUCUUCGAAAAUCAUUGAAAGAAGAAGAUCUUGAUUUAUUAAAAUACUACUUAAUUUGCCUGGAUUUGCCUGGUUACAGCAAAGUUGACAAAGCAAAGAUUGAUAAUUUGGAUACCAUGCUGAAAUUCUUUAAAUAUCUUUUGGCUGAAGGCUAUUUUACCAGCACGGAUGUCGUUAUAAUGCAGUUACUUUUACGAUGCAUUGAACGCUAUGACUUGGAGGAGAAAUGUGUUUCUUAUGCAAAAUCAAAAUUACAAGCAUUAUGUUAUUUUGCUGAAAGUGAGAAGCCAGUGAAUGGAUAUACACAUGUUCAUUUUCACAUUUCUGAAAAUAUUAUAAACUACCCAGCUGAAUAUGCAGAAAAGAUCAGGCAGAUGAUUGCAGAACUUGUUGGAUGUCCCGAGGACUGUAAUCAAUGUUUACGCAUUAAUGGCAUGCGCCCCUCUUCCAGUUUUACUCUUAUCAUCACAAUGAGCGAUGAAUAUGCAGAGAAACUGAAAUCUUUGACUGCUGAACAGCUAGCUGCAUUAGGAAGAUAUUCUGUGGACAGAAUAACUUUUGCUGAUUACACGAUUUAUAUAGCAACAAAUGAACAAUAUUAUCGUCAGAAGAUGUUACAGAAAUGGGAAAUGGAUGAUAAUUCCUACUAUGAGACUGAGAUAUACAAAGAAGUUUUGGACCAGUUUCAGAGAAGAAACGUCAUUGUCUUAUUUGGAGUUCCUGGGUUAGGAAAAACUUCAUUGAUUCGUCAUCUUGCUCUGCAGAUGAAAGAAACAUAUGAAAUAGUUCCAAUUUCUCAGUUAUCAGCAAUUAUCAAUUUUGAUUGUGAUGUGAAAUCUUAUAUAUUUUUACUCAAUGUUUCAAUGGAAAACAGACUUUCUUCCGUUUUGUUCUCUGAGAAUGUUUUUGCUUUUCUGGAAGGCACUAAAUCAAGGAUUUUAAUUACAUGUUCCGACAAUGUAAAUAUGAGUACAGCUAUUUUGCAAUCUUUAGCAAAGAAUCAGAGCUUCCACAAUUUUCAUUUGAACGAUAAAGAAAAGCAUGACAUUCUACGAAGCUUUACCAAAAAAGCAAACAUUCCAAAAAUAGCAUAUGAUGACAUUUCUGAUUUCAGUCAUCCUUCUUUUCUAUAUUUAUGUAGAUUAUUCUGUGCUAAUCCUAAACUUAGAGUUUUUGAACAAUCGUAUUUCAAAAAACCUUGGUCAUGCUUACGUCAAGAGCUCGACAGACUUCUUGAAAAACAAAAUCUAUACUAUGUGUCCAUGGUAUUGUGUGUACUCCAUGAAAACAAAAUAUCAGAGAGUAUUCUUGAAAACAGCGGUAUUUUAGAUGACGUUUUUGAUUCUUGCAGACUCAAUAGAUCUUACAAAAUAGAUGAAAUUUUAGAUUCCCUAGCAAGUUUACUUGGUUCUUAUGUUACAAAGAAGGAUUCUUACUUUGCUCUCUCUCAUUCUUUAUUGUUACAUAUUGUUACGACCCAUUAUUAUCAGAUAUCCCCAGAAACAGUUAUCAGACAUGCCUCCACAACAUUUCUAGUAAAUGGAUUUUCACCGAACGAUGCUGGUGAUGAGAAUCGUUAUGUUAAUCCAGAAGGACGUUUCCUUAGAUUACUAGCUGAGAGAUUUUACAAAGAGAUAGAAAAUGGAAAACUAUUUGUUUUCGAAUCAUGUCUUUUCUCUGAUCGCGACUUUACCACAUCCUUCAUUCGACUAUUGAAGUCAAAGCCAUACUUGCAACUCAAAAGUACAUAUUUUCUCCCAUGGCAAUCAGAAAACGUUAAUCUCGACUCCCACUCAGAUCGAUCAAGUAUGUUUUUAAAAUGCUUUUUGAACAAUCCGGCUGAUACAAAUGCAGUAUGCUAUCUUGCUUAUUACGGUCGUGUUAAAAUUUUAGAAUUUCUCCUUGAUAUUGCAUUUCGACAUGACGUAUCAGUGAAUUCAGGAUCUUGCUUAGAAGUACAGGAAAAAGUUCUCUUAUGUGCCUGUUACAGCGGAGAACGUGAGUUGAUUGAUUUAAUUCUUAAAAACGAUACAAAAUUGCUACCACAUAUUUCCGAAAAGAAAUAUUCCCUCGGCAACAACUGUAUUCCGAUUGCAUACGAAAAUGACAAUUGUAACAAUAUGAGAGCGUUUGAGACUGCUGUGAUUUCUGAAAAUGUAAACGUUCAAUUCCUUGUCUCUGUUGCGAUAAAGCUUGGUAGCCCUUCUGUGAUUGAGGCAUUUAUAAUGAAUGGUAUGGAAUGUAAUGCCUGUGAUGAAGCAGGGAGGACACUUUUGCAUGUUGCUUCAAAAUCAGAUACCCCCUGCAUUAUAGAGAAACUAGUUGAACACGGUGCUAUAUGUAACAAAUGCGAUAGUGCGGACAAAUCACCUUUGCAUGUUGCUUCUGAGGCAAGUCACCUGUCAGUAGUAGAGAAACUACUUGAGGUUGGUGCUGAGUGCAACAAGUGCGAUAGUGACGGCAAGUCACCGUUAUAUGUUGCUACAAAAUCAGGUCACCUGUCAGUAGUAGAGAAACUACUUGAGCAUGGAGCUGACUGUAACAAAUCCGAUGAUUUUGGCAGAUCGCCGUUAUAUGUCGCUUCAGAAUCAGGACAACUGUCAAUAGUAGAGAUUCUCAUCGAAUAUGGUGCUGAGUGUAACAAAUGUGAUAGGUAUGAUAGAACACCGUUAUAUAUUGCGUCUAAAUUUGGCCAUCUGUCGGUAGUGGAGAAACUAAUUGAACAUGGUGCUGCGCGUAAUAAAUGCGAUACUACUAAGAAGACACCUUUACAUAUUGCUUGCAGAUCUGGUAACUUGUCCAUAGUAGAAAAACUACUUGAGCAUGGUGCUGACUGUAACAAAUGUGAUUCAUUUGGCAGAUCACCGUUACAUGUUGCUUCAGAUUUAGGAUACCUGUCAAUAGUAGAGAAACUUAUCCAACAUGGUGCUGAUUGUAAUAUAUGCGAUACAUGUAAGACGUCACCCUUGCAUAUUGCUUCCAGAUCUGGUCAUCUAUUAGUGAUUGAAAAACUUAUUGAAUGUGGUGCUGAUUGUAGUAAAGGUGAUGCUUUUGGUAGAUCACCAUUAUAUAUUGCCUCAGAAGUUGGUCAGCUGUCGGUUGUAGAUAAAUUAAUCAGACAUGGUGUUGAGUGUAUCACAAUCAAUGAUGAAGAGCAUUCACCAUUGCAUGUUGCUUCAGAAUUGGGUCAUACGUCAAUAGUAGAAAAACUACUUGAACAAGGAGCUGACUGUAGCAAAUGUGAUACCUAUGGUCAGUCACCAUUAUAUAUAGCUUCAAAAUCAGGACACCUCUCAGUGGUAGAAAAGCUAAUUGAAUGUGGGGCAAAUUUGAACAAGUGCGAUAGAGACGGCAAGUCACCGUUAUACAUUUGUUCAAAAUUGGGUCACUUUUUAGUAGUAGAGAAACUAAUUGAGAAUUUUGCGGAAUGUAAUAAGUGCGAUAGUGAUGGCAAGUCACCGUUAUACGUUGCUUCAAAAUCGGGACAUCUGUCAGUUGUAGAGAAACUUAUUGAAUAUGGAGCUGAUUGUAACAAGUGCGAUAAUGAGGGCAAGUCACCGUUAUAUGUUGCUUUAGAGUCAGGUCACCUGUUAGUUGUAGAGAAACUACUUGAACAUGGCGCUGACUGUAACAAUUGCGAUAAUUGUGGCAGGUCACCGUUAUAUGUUUCUUCAAAAUCAGGCUAUCUGCCAGUGGUGGAGAAACUAAUUAAGCAUGGUGCUGAAUGUAACAAGAACGAUAUUUAUGGUAAGUCACCGUUAUACGUUGCUUCUGAGUCAGGACACCUGACAAUAGUAGAGAAACUACUUGAACAUGGCGCUGAGUGUAACGAGCGCAAUAAACGUGGCAUGUUACUGUUAUAUCUUUUGCUUUCAAAAUCAGAUGCUGAAAGUGACAACCGUUAUAUUUAUGGCAAGUCACCGUUAUACGUUGCUUCUGAGUCAGGUCACCUGUCAGUAGUAGAAACACUAAUUGCGCAUGGUGCUGAGUGUAACAAGUGCGAUAGAUAUGGCAAGUCACCGUUAUACGUUGCUUCUGAGUCAGGUCACCUGUCAGUAGUAGAAACACUAAUUGCGCAUGGUGCUGAGUGUAACAAGUGCGAUAGAGAUGGCAAGUCGCCGGUAUAUGUUGCUUCUGAGUUAGGCCACCUGUCAGUAGUAGAAAAACUUUUUGAGCAUGGUGCUGAGUGUAACAUGUGCGAUCGAGAUGGAAAGUCACCGUUAUUUGUUGCUUCAAAGUCAGGCCACCUGUCAGUAGUAGAAAAACUUAUUGAGCAGGGUGCAGAGUGUAACAAACUGGAUAGAGCUUUCAAGUCACCAAUUUAUGUUGCUUCAAAAUCGGGUCAUGUGUCACUUGUAGGGAAACUUAUUGAAUAUGGCGCUGAUUCUAACAAAUGCGAUAUUUAUGGCAAGUCACCGUUAUACGUUGCUUCUGAGUCAGGUCACCUGUCAAUUGUAGAGAAACUACUUGAACAUGGCGCUGAAUGUAACAAAUGCGAUAGAUAUGGCAAGUCACCGUUAUAUGUUUCUUCAAAAUCAGGUCAUCUGACAGUGGUGGAUAAACUAAUUAAGAGCGGUGCUGAAUGUGACAAGUGCGAAGGGAAUGGCAAGUCACCGUUAUACGCUGCUUCAAAUUCAGGUCAUCUGUCAGUUGUAGAAAAACUUAUUGAGCAGGGUGUGGACUGCGGCAUAAGCGACUGGAAAAACAGGUCACCAUUAUAUGUAGCCGCAAAAUCAGGUCAUCUCUCAGUUGUAGAGAAACUUAUUGAGCAGGGUGUGGAGUGUGACCAAUGCGAUUGGGAAAACAGGUCACCGCUAUAUGUUGCAGCUAAAUCAAGACAUCUAUCAGUAGUAGAGAUACUAACUGCAAAUGGUGCUGAUUGCAAUAAAUGCGAUGAACGCGGUAAUUCACCGUUAGAUGUUGGUUUAGAAUCAGGUCAUCAAGUAUUAGAGAAACUUUUUCAGAAUACUGCUACAUCUAAAAAAAUAUCUUUAACUGCAUCUCUUAGAGCAUUUUCCCAAGAUUACCCUGAUAUUGAGUGUAAUAGCAGCGACGAUAGUGAUAUAGGCAGUGAGGCUGCAAACAUUAAAUAUUCUGGUCAUGAGGAUUUGGACAGUGAUGCAUCAGAUUUUGCAAAUCGAUUAUCUCCAGCACAUUCGAAUUCUUCCAUAUCUUCAAUUGCAUCCAUUUGUUAA